CACCAACAUCACACGCUUUCACGUGCCCAUUUCUCGCACAUUCUUUGCGCGGCGUCUCUCGAACACACCGGUGCUCGGAUAGCAUAGAUCCAGACGCGCGCGCUCGCUGCCGUCCCUCACCCCGCCGUGUUUGGGCCUCCCAGAGCUCCGCAGAGCUCCCCUCUCCCGUCGGCCCUCGCUGCACCCAGGCAUGCUGCGCGACACCGGCCAAGCAACCCACCAUGACAUCCCCGAAUCAGAGCCUGCUUGACUGGCUCGACGACCUGUGCGUGCGCUUCAUCGUCAACCUGCCGCACGAGGAGCUGCAGUCGGUCGAGCGCAUCUGCUUCCAGAUCGAGGAGGCGCAAUGGUUCUACGAAGACUUCAUCCGCCCGCUGGACCCGCGCCUGCCCUCGAUGAACCUGCGCAUGUUCUCGCAGCGCAUGUUCCAGCACUGCCCGCUGUUCCAGGGCUUCUCCGAGGACCACUUCCUCGAGGCCUUCCAGCACUUCCUGCAGUACAAGACGCGCGUGCCCGUGCGCGGCGCCAUCAUGCUCAACCAGGACAUGACCCACGCCGUGCUGGUCAAGGGCUGGAAGAAGGGCGCCAAGUGGAGCUUCCCCCGCGGCAAGAUCAACAAGGACGAGCCCGACCUCGAGUGCGCCAUCCGCGAGGUCUACGAGGAGACGGGCUACGACCUCAAGGACGCCGGGCUCGUGCGCCCGGAGAGCGAGAUGAAGAGCAUCCCCGUCAACAUGCGCGAGCAGAGCAUGCUUCUGUACGUCUUUCGCGGCGUGCCCAUGGACACGUACUUUGAGCCGCGCACCCGCAAGGAGAUCUCCAAGAUCGACUGGUACAAGCUCAGCGACCUCCCGACCCUCAAGCGCAAGAACCAGGUCCAGCAGGGCCCCGGCCAGGACCUGAUCAAGGACAACAGUUUCUACAUGGUUGCGCCCUUCCUGGGCCCGCUGAAGGCCUGGAUCAAACUGCAGCGGAAGCAGGACAGGCACAGAGCGCCCGCGGGCUCGCAUCCGGUCCCGCCGCCCGCUGCUGGCAUCACCGACACCGAAGGCUUGGAGGCAGACUUGGGCGAGACGACGGCCGAUGAGGCUGCCAUGCCAGAGACGCUGUCCGAGGAACAAAGCUUUGCCGCGCUCGUCGCGAACUUGGGCAGGAGUCAGCGCGCGAGCGACGCACUGCCCGAAGUCUCGACGCACGCGCAGACACAGGGCGUCGCCGACCCCGCCGCCGAGCUCAAGCGGCUGCUCAGUGUGGGCAUGGGCUUCCCUUCCCAACCUCAGCCAGUCGAGGCCCCCCAGUCCGUCCAAGAACAGCCGCCGAACCCGCUGCUUGCAAUGCUGCAUGGCAACAACGGACCCCACCCAGACAGUCUACCCAGAACACCCUUCGACCAGAUCAUGCCGACCCCGCAGCCUCCGCAGAGUCCACAUGGCCAGCAUCACCCGAGACAGCUGCAACUUGGCCAGAUGCCGCCACCGCCUCGGUUUCCGUUCCACCAGCAGCAGCACCAACAUCAGCAUCAGCAUCAGGGAGGUCCUUUCCAAGGCCAGCACCACCACCAUAUGCCUCCUCAACACCACAAUGGCUUUCCACCCCAUCCCCCGAGUCACUUCAUGUCACCGCCCGCCUCUCAGCACGCCAAUCCUGUCUUCUCAGCGCACGCGCCAAAUGUUCAGCAUACGUUUAAUGAUUCAGCCCCGCCGCCAUACCAGCGCACCGGCGACCCGCAGUUCACACAACCACCGCAAUUCCCGGGCGCACACGGUCCUGCCAUUCCACCGGCAUCAAAACUACCGCCGCCAAAGCUCACGCCACAUAGCCUUGGCCUGUUAAACGCCUUCAAGAUCAGCGAGAAGCCUGCGAUCUCGUCUCCCAUCUCACAAGCACAACAGAGCUCGCAGGCAACACCGAUAGCAACGAGACCGCCACCUCUCCAGCGCCAGUCCGACGCUUUUGUCUCGCCGCCACCAGCACAAAGCACCCGAUCAUUUUCGCCAAGUCCGCCCACAUUCCAAUCACCUCCGCCCCUCGCUAACUUCGAGCCUGCGCAGCCGAAGCCGAGAAAUGCUCACCAAGAUUCUCUGCUGAACCUCUUCCGAUCGCCGUCCAUCUCAGCAGCGUCUCCCGUCCCUGCAAAGACACCAGAGCUGCCGGUAGAGUUAUCCGCCUACCCUUCAACUCCUGGGUACGCGAAGCUGAAUACAGCAGCGGAGGCUGGCCCGCCUAUGCCUGACAUGCACGCAAAACCAAACUUGCUGCACGCUUUUGGUGGCCAAGAAAAGCCGGGGUUGACGACGGCUACAGUCCGUGGACCCGUCAACGCACCGGAUUUUGACACUGUAAAGAAGAAUGCCCAACAUAUCCUCAAUGGGAACUCUCGAGGACCGUCACCUUCGACCAUGAAACCGGAACCGAAGAUGUUCGUUCCUCAGCAGAUCCUCAGGCGAGACAGCUCUGUCCCGAGAAAGAAUGCGCCACCCGCAGAGCAGGACCGAAGCUCAAAUGCAAGCCCGGCUGCUGCACCUCCCGCCGCUCCUUUCAAGCCGCAGAUUUUGAAGCGGCCGCAACAGCCACCGAGCCAGGAGCCAGUUCCUGCUCCUGCACCUUCUGCGCAUACUCAAAACCUUCUGAGCAUGUUCAAAUCUCCCUCUCCGCAACCACAACAGCCGCUAAAGCAGGAACCUGUUUCUGUUGCUUCUGCACAUACUCAAAACCUCCUGAGCAUGUUUAAAUCUCCCUCUCCACAGCCACAGGCCGUGCCUGCACCAGCUCCUCCUUCGCGGUCACCAGCUCCGCCUGCCGUGGAUCCAUCGUCCUUCGGCCGUAAGGAUGGCAUACCCGCAGAUCAAAAGACUGCGUUGCUGUCUCUGUUUGGUAAACCUGCGCCGCUCACUGCAUCGCCCACUCAAACCGCAGGGUCUCCACUGGCACCAUCGGUCACAGUUCCUAUCCCGCCAGCUCGAUCUCCGCAACCGCCGACCCCAAAAACCUUCAUGUCCGGCCUUAUCAGCCCCGUGAGCCCUCUUCCGGGAAGUCAGACCGACAGCCCAGCACAGCUCAACUCGCGCUCGCGCAUAUCGAGCAUUGGCGAUACGAUGCCGCCCAGUAUUGUAAUUCCACCGACUAGCGCGCCCACUUCAUACCCCCAGAUACCUCUAGCACAGCAGAGCAAUGGCUUUGGUACCUCGAUGGACGGCAGCUUCAUGAGUGCUACCUCUGUCUCGGCGUCGGAAUUAGGGACGGGCGUCGAUAAGGGGAAAGGCAAGGCAGGGACGGACAGUGCUGGCAAGAGUCCGGUGGACAAAAAUUUCCUAUUAGGUUUCUUGAACGAUGUGGCAAGGAAAGGUCGCUGAGAGAGCUUGAUGCUAUGGGGUCAGCUCGACCACCAUGGGUGGCUUGGGUGGUCUAGGAUCUGGUUUGAUCUUGGUCAUUGUGGAGUUUGGGAACAUGUAGGAAUUGCUAUUCGAACUAUGCAUGGCCACGCGGGAUGCUUCAUGAGCGGUUAUUUCUUGCUAGUCAUGGGUAGGCUUGUCAGAUAGGGACGCAAAAGCAUAGUCGGAGCAUCAUUAGGAAUGCAUCAGCUU